AAAGGACACUGAGAGGUAAAUGAGAGGCCCACAGCAUACCAGGGGAACACUCCCCUGAGUUAUAAGGAGAGAAAAGUUUCCCUCCCCAUCCAGACCCUUGGUGGUUACUUGUCUCUCUAGGUCUCUUAUCCAAAUCCACAACUUCUCAACCUGGUUUGGGAACUUCCUUUGUUUCAGAAGCUAUUCCCCAAACUCUAACACACCUCUUCUAAUCUUUAGUUCCAACACAGCUGCCUGGAGCUCCUAGACUACUUUCCCAUCAGAGGAUCAGCAGAGGUGGGAGAAGGGUUGGGAUUCUCAUCCCAUUUUGCCUACUUUCAGGGAUAGCUGGACUCAUUGGCCAAACUUUUCAGCAACUUUAUUUUUGUAAACUAUUUAUUUAUUUAUUUACUUAUUUUUAAUGAGAGCUAUACAGAAAGAAAGACCAGAGCACUACUCAACUCUGCUGGGGAUUGAACCUAGGACCUCAGAGCAUGAAAGUUUUUCUUUCUUUCUUUCUUUCUUUCUUUCUUUCUUUCUUUCUUUCUUUCUUUUUUUUUGUAUAACCACUAUACUGUCUCCACAAGGCUCCAGAAACUUUUAAGAGAUGAGUGGACAACCAGCUAAGAUAGGAACCUUGACUAAUAGAAUCAUUCCAAAUCUGUUUCUACUUGCUAUAUUUUUAAAAAAUCACACCAGUAGCCAUACUCUUAGGGAAAAAGAGUCAGCUAGAUGCCAGGUAGGAAGAGGAAAGGCCUCUUUAGGAUGAGAAGCAGCAGAGACAGAAAUUUGUUGGGAUGUAUGUGGAGUCUUGCCUUGUAUUUUGUGAAUAGCUCCUGACAACCAACUUGGGGACUUGGUCUCAAGCAAGAAACAACUGGUUGGUGCUAUCUCCUUUGUCCUUGAGUGGUAUGAUAUGUGCAGGGAUGACAGACCUCAGGAAGGAAAGCUAGUCUGAAAGUACUUGGGGCUCAGGAGAGCUAAGCAUCCAUUUCUCUUAGAGUCAGACAGACAUUGUGGAUCAUCUCUAAAUUCAACUGACAAAGGUUUAGGUACCUGGGAUUUAAAAAAUCUGCUUUCUGCAAUGUGAGAAUUAGAAAUUGUUCAAAGAGGAAGAGAAGGAAACAAUGGAGAGGAAAGAUUGGGACUCUCUCAAGGAUUUCAGCCCCAUAGGCAGGAACUGGAAGACCUUUUCUUUCCUUUCCUUUACAUGCAGACCCCAAAUUCCGUAGAAUGAGCAGUGCCUCUGAGCACUGGGUUUAAUCUAGGGUUUCAGCGGCCAUCCUUGGUGUUUCUAGUCUUUUGACCUCUUUUUACUUCCAGUUCCCUUGGCCCUCUGGGCUCUCCCUUCUACUUUUACCAUCGGGGACAGGCUGGGGCUACCCAGAGCUGGAGAGGCAGCCCCAACAGCCAGUGGUGGGUCUCCUUGGGCAGUGGCAGCCUGGGAGUCUGGGUGGAAAGUGGAGUUGGGAAGUUUCCCAGCGUGAGCUGAGCGCUGACGGAUUUGUGAUCGGCCAUAAAACUGGCGCAUUCAGAUUCGUAAAUCAAUCUUGCCUUUCUCACAGCAUAAUCGUUCGCUUUAUCGGCAGCAAGAAAGGGGGCUCAGCUCACGCUCAGGCACUUGUUUAUUUGAACAUGAACAUUCCCAGGAUCUGAAUAGAGUAUGGGCAUUUUCACAGAAACCUGCCCAGCAUGCCUUCAUGUCAUUUUGCUGCUCUUUUUCUCAUCGUUAAAACUCAAUUUUCUGUUUCAGAGAUUGCUGUCUUCCUGGGCCUUGGCAUCCAGCAUGUUAUUCUCUUUCCCUCUUGUGCUUUUCUUUUUAGAUUGUAGUGGAGUGUUUUUCUUUGGGGGGACCCCCUUUUUGCUGGCUUUGUGGUUAGGACUUUGCUGGAAAGUGUGCCCUUUUUGGAGGGGGGGUUGGGGGAGGCAUGGGACUCAUGUCAGGAGCAGGCUGAAUUCAAUACCAGUCCUGUGUUUUGUAUCUGCACAAUCAAAGCUGACUACCCCCCUACAGUGUCUGGGCCGGAGGGUCGAGAAUAGAUUACAAGGAGGCCUGGCUGCCCCAGUGAUGGCAAGGCAGGGGUUGAACUGCCUCCUUAGCGGCUAAACCCUGUUUCUUCCCAGGUUGUUAAGGCAGCUGCAUCUAGAACUUUCCCACUGAGUUAGUUUUGGUUCAGAUCCCUCCAAACAAGCCAGUGGACCCCCCUAGCCCCAGGUUCCCCUAUCCUAAAACACAUUUGUUCUUCCUCUGUUCUGGUUCUGCUUGCCCUGCUGGCUGACUGUGGCCCAGCUGCCCCCAGAGCUGCUGGAGAUAAGACUGAGAAAGGGGCUACCUCAGGAAUGUCUUUACUGCUUCCCUGUGUAGUCCCCUUCCCCCCUUCCACAUACACACUGUGACCCAUGAUGCUGGUUCUGACUGAUCUGUUCUUUCUGGGUUCAAGCUGUUUGUGACAGUUUGGAGCAUUUUUAUUGUGUCUUAUUUCUCUUCUAUCUGAGGGAGUCUGUGUAUAAUUUCUCUCUAAGUCCACAGAAUAUAUUUUCCCUGCCUCUGGUCUUUAACUCUUUAAUCUGUAGCCCCUCACCUUCCUCUAUUGAUCAGUUUUCAUUGUCUGUAGAUUGGAAGCUAAGGGUACUAACACCUGGGAAAUAGAGACCCAGGGCUGGCAGGUCAACUUCAAAGCUUCAUUUUACCCUUUCCCUCUAGUUUACAUCUCCAGUAGUCUUUGCUGGUACUUUAGAAGGAAUGGGGGUGGGGUGAGGAUGAAGACAGGAUAUAAGACAGGUAUAUCUAUGUCCACUUCUUUUGUGUAAAAGUCUUAGUAGGCUGUCUUUGUUUCUAAAGCAUAUUCUCAGUUGGUGAGUAGGAUCUGUUCCUUUUUCAUAGUAACAGCAAAACGAAAAAAGUCUCCCUUGGGACUCUGGAAGCUCCAGAGUUCUCUCCUCACCCUCUUUCCUAUCCUUUCAAAAGGUACCACAAAAGAUCCAAAAGAGAAUUAAACUCUAUUCCUUAUUCUUAUGUUAUGUUGAUUUAUUAAGUGUUUCUUUCAAAGCUAGUAUAUUUAGGAAUUUUGUUGACUAUUUGUGAAGAAGGGGAUCUGGUCCCACUAAAAUAAAUUCCCCAGGAGUGAGGAAAAGAAUGUAUUUAUGGAGAAUCUUAGUCUUAAAGGAUGCAGAGAGAAGAAUUAGAAGCUUGAGAAACCAAGUACUUGGGGAAGGGUUCCUUGCCCACCCCACCCCCACCCUCAGACGCCCCUACAGACUAUUUCUGCACCUCCGUAAACUAAGCAGAAGCAGGAGGAGAAAGGAGAGAAGAGAGGUGGGCUGUGGGUAAGUGUGUCUUGGGGGGAGUUAGAGAGCUAUAGAUAUAGAAGGUAUAGUCCUGUGAGAAGGGAGCGCUCACUACUAUUCCAUUGGUGGGUUUGGGGGGAACCUAUUUUGCAGGAAAAUUUCUCCUCCUGAAGGGGAAGGUCAUAGUGGUCCUUUGAGCCUGAAAUCGAAAGAAAGACCCCCUUCCCCCUCCUGGUCACGUGAUUCAUUAAAUAAUUAAUGCCGAGGUUGCAGAAUAGAUAUGUAUUCGUCAGGAAAAUCGCAGGCUCGGUCUCCCUGUUUCUGACGUGCAAUUCAACUGUCCUUUGAAAAACAAGCCUGUACCCUGAGAAAAAAAGAGAGGGGGAGAGAGAGGGAGAGAGAGAGAAAAAGAGAGGGAGGCAGCAAUAAAACAGCCCCGCAGCCGGAGCAACACCGCGGGCUGGGGUAUUGAGGGGAGAUUUCUCGCCUGCCGCUCGCGCUGGGGCUCGAUGUGAAUAUAUAUUAUGUCUGCCUGUUCUCCCCUCGUCGGUGGCUAAGGUCAGCCGCUACGGACAGAUCCCGGAAGGAGGGGGGCAGAAAGGGGAGGGGGGGUCCGGCGCACCACGUGACCCCAGGGGUGCCAAUGUCCGGUUGUGAGGGUAUCAGGCCCUUGCACGUUGCCACCCACUGCCCGGGCCUCACCCAGCGAUGCAGAAAGCCACCUACUACGACAACGCUGCAGCUGCACUCUUCGGAGGCUACUCCUCAUACCCUGGCAGCAAUGGCUUCGGCUAUGAAGGUCCCCCCCAACCUCCCUUCCAGGCCGCCACGCACCUGGAGGGCGACUACCAGCGCUCAGCUUGCUCCCUGCAGUCCCUGGGCAACGCCGCCCCUCACGCCAAGAGCAAGGAGCUCAAUGGCAGCUGUAUGAGGCCUGGCCUGGCCUCCGAGACCCUGACCGCCCCGCCCGGCUCACCCCCGCCCAGCGCCGCACCUACCAGUGCCACUAGCAACAGUAAUGGGGGCGGGUCCAGCAAAAGCGGCCCCCCCAAGUGUGGUCCUGGCUCCAACUCCACCCUCACCAAACAGAUAUUCCCCUGGAUGAAAGAGUCGAGGCAAACGUCCAAGCUGAAAAACAGCUCCCCAGGCACAGCGGAGGGCUGCGGCGGCGGCGGCGGCGGCGGCGGCAGCGGAGGCGGCGGCGGCGGCAGUGGCGGCGGCGGGGGCGGCGGCGGCGGGGGCGGCGGCGGGGGAGGGGACAAGAGCCCCCCGGGGUCGGCGGCGUCCAAGCGGGCGCGGACGGCGUACACGAGCGCGCAGCUGGUGGAGCUGGAGAAGGAGUUCCACUUCAACCGCUACUUGUGCCGGCCGCGCCGCGUGGAGAUGGCCAACCUGCUGAACCUUAGCGAGCGCCAGAUCAAGAUCUGGUUCCAGAACCGGCGCAUGAAGUACAAGAAGGACCAGAAGGCCAAGGGGCUGGCCUCGUCGUCGGGGGGCCCCUCGCCGGCCGGCAGCCCCCCGCAGCCCAUGCAGUCCACGGCCGGCUUCAUGAACGCCUUACACUCCAUGACCCCCAGCUACGAGAGCCCGUCCCCGCCCGCCUUCGGCAAAGCCCACCAGAAUGCCUACGCGCUGCCCUCCAACUACCAGCCGCCUCUCAAAGGCUGCGGCGCCCCGCAGAAGUACCCCCCGACUCCGGCGUCCGACUACGAGCCCCACGUCCUCCAAGCCAACGGGGGCGCCUACGGGACGCCCGCCAUGCAGGGCAGCCCGGUGUACGUGGGCGGGGGCGGCUACGCGGAUCCGCUGCCGCCCCCUGCCGGCCCCUCCCUCUACGGCCUCAACCACCUUUCCCACCACCCCUCCGGGAACCUGGACUACAACGGGGCGCCCCCUAUGGCCCCUAGCCAGCACCACGGACCCUGCGACCCCCACCCCACCUACACAGACCUCUCCUCUCACCAUGCGCCUCCUCCUCAGGGUAGAAUCCAAGAAGCACCCAAGUUAACACACCUGUGAUGGGGAAAGGAAGGGUGGUGAGGCGAGGUCAUGGGUUAGGGGGGACAGUUAGGAAGAUCUGCUGGAGAAGUCAGGAAGGUGGUAGCCAGGGAUGGAGAAAGAAUCAGCUUGGUGCUCCUUCCCCUCCCCUGGCCUGAGAGGUGUCUUUAAAGUCCUCUAGCUCUUGUCCCUUCUGCCUGCCAACCCACUGGAAGGGAUCCACAGCAGAUUGGAGAUGACCCCCACCAAGCCUAGGCCUCCAGCAAUACCCACUUGGAAUUCUAUGCUCGAUAGUAGGGUAGAGAAGGAGGGCAUAGGGGAACCGGGCAGCGAAGCACAUGGAAAAAAAAAAAAAAGAUGGCUAGGCCAUCACCAACCAACCACUUACCUUUCAUCCCUGUGGGUGAUUCACCCAAAUCCUGAUUUUUCUCCCUCUCAAUUGUCCUUUGAAAAAAGAUCAUACACACAUUUCAAAACCAAGGGCACAAAAUAUGCUUCCUUCCCACUUCCCUGAAGUCUCAAAUCUGUUCCAAUCUAUUUAUUCGAGCUUACUCUCCAUUUCUAACUCCAUGUUUUUUUUGUUUUUUUUUUCCUGCUGUAGAACAUUAAUAUAUGCACCCCACCCCCAUCAACUACAGUUUUCAGAGGGCUCAGGGAUGGUGAAAAAUCCUGAAAGUGAGAGCUGCCUAUAUUAUAAAUAUAUUUUUUCUUUUAUGGAAAAGUUGGGAGGUUUGGACAGGCAAGUUAUCAGGACAGAAGUUUUGUCUGUUCUGCUGCCACCCAUCUCAGCUCUAGGUCCAUCUCCCUCUCUCCACAGAAAGCAGUUUCUACAUUUGUUUUUCUUUUGUUGCUCUCUUGACUUAACGUGAAAACAGGGUAUAUUUUACAAACUGUCUGUCCCAGGCAGAGGCUGUGGUUCGGCCUGUAGGUCUUGCUCAGUCCUCUGACAGGACACUUUUGUUGCACUUAGAGUUUACAUUUUGAUGGAUAUAAAAACAACUGUGAGAGGUGCCUGGGCCUACAGGAGUCCAGCAUAGCUCAAAAAAGCGUGUGUUCUAGUGAACAUUUUCAUAUAUAUAUUUAUUGGUUAUAGCCUGUUAAAGUAUUUUCUUUUUGUAUUAUUUAUCCCCCUACAUUAUGUAUUUAUAUGAGGGAAAAAAAGGAAAAAUGUACUUUUUUUUUUUAGUAUUUACUUGUUAUAAAGGACGUUGUGUUUCCUGUCAUGUAAAACCAGCUAUUUUAGUUAUUAUUGUACUCUAGAAAAGAGCUGUAGAUUUAUGUUAAACUCGUACUUAUGAGAAUUGUAAUUAGUUCUAAAAGGCAUGAACUCAGCUCCUAAAUGUCACUGUAUAGUCCUGAAUUUGUAGGAUUAGAGUUAAUUCCCUCUUGGAACUUUCUUUGUUCUUCUGUAGUUACUUUUCCCCCUUACUUAAAAGGGUUAUCUGUCAAACAAUUCUUGAAUAAACUUUCUGUUAUCAGUUUUA